AUGGAUGUUGCGACCAUGUGGGGCGACAGGAUCAUGUCCAUGCACAUGAUCGACCGCACUGCGCGAGUCAAGGGCUUGCAUCUCCGGCACAGAACCAGUUUGCCGCCUUUGGAUGGCGGGCCGAUUCACCACAUGCAUUUCUUGCCAAGGGGCCACAUCACUUCUGACUGGUCCACAGAUCCCCCUCUGGGUCAGGCGCGCGGUCGGACCUCGGAGCGAGGUCUGGAGCAGCUGCCAGUUCCAAGAGAUCCCAAGAUACCACAGCCGCCCACUUCUCGUGGCCUGAUGACUCGACGCACGUUUAACCUGCCAAGGGCUGAGUCGCCGGUGCCGAUUCCGGCAGGUCGGCCGACACCCGGUGUUCGACCGGCGCCAACCAUGCGGCAGGUGCCACAUCGACCUCCAAGGCCAUUGGCAGCCACCUUCCAGGAAGGGGAAAGUGCUGAGCUUUCACGGAGGCGUCAUCGAUCCAUGUCAGUGACACCGCCCUCGGAAAGCUCGGCCUCUCGAGCCGGGUCACAAGGUGAAGGUGAGCUGGGCCCCGCACGUUCCAUCUUGCGGAGCUCCAAUUCGACGGAGAGGUCUCAUCAAAAACGGGUCUCCUUCUCCAACGACUGCAAGCGGGCACCCCCAGCCUCCAUGGCUGACUUGAUUCGAACUUGCCCCGAUGACUUGGACAAGAGAGAGACCAGUCCAAGCUCUCCAAGCCGUGCAGGGACACCACCAAAGUUGGUGCUGCAGUAG